AUGUGGCUGAAGACUUCAGCCCUCUACUGCUCUGGCUUAGGAGACCAGGGGGCUUCCAGCAGUGGCCCAGUGGUUGACACUGGGCUGGUUACAAAUGUCGGGGGCGGGCUGAAACCCUUAGCCCCCAGCCACCCUGGCUCAGGAAUCCAGGGCGUUUCUGGCAGUGGCUUGGUUGUUGUUGCUGAGCUGAUUGCAGAUCCCAAAUGCCCAGGAGAUGUUGAUUUUCAUAAUAGUGACUGGGACAUUAAGACAAUCACCAGCUCCUUGAAGUUCUACCUCAGGAAUCUCUCUGAACCUGUCAUGACCUAUAGACUCCACAAAGAGCUGGUCUCUGCUGCUAAAUCUGACAACCUGGAUUACCGACUGGGAGCUAUUCACUCCCUGGUAUAUAAGCUACCAGAAAAGAACCGAGAGAUGCUGGAACUUCUGAUAAGACACUUGGUCAAUGUGUGUGAGCACAGCAAAGAGAAUCUUAUGACCCCCUCCAACAUGGGGGUGAUCUUUGGGCCCACCCUGAUGAGAGCUCAGGAGGAUACUGUGGCCGCCAUGAUGAACAUCAAGUUCCAGAACAUUGUAGUGGAAAUCCUAAUUGAGCACUUUGGCAAGAUCUAUUUAGGUCCACCUGAGGAAAGUGCUGCACCCCCAGUGCCUCCGCCGCGGGUGACAGCAAGAAGGCACAAACCAAUCACGAUUUCGAAGCGCUUGCUGCGGGAAAGGACUGUUUUCUAUACUCCUUCCAUGGAUGAAAGUGAAGAUGAAAUCCAACAUCAAACACCAAAUGGUACUAUUACCAGCACCACAGAACCGCCCAAGCCAUCACAACAUCCCAAACUACCUAUUCAGAGAAGCGGAGAAGCUGAUUCUGGGAGGAAGUCCCCAAGCAGGCCUGUUUCAGAUGGCAAGUUGGAGCCCUGCCCUGAGGUGGAUGUGGGAAAGUUUGUGUCUAGGCUACAGGAUGGAGGGAGCAAGGCCACCCCAAAGGCCACCAAUGGACCCGUUCCAGGCUCUGGGCCCACCAAAACCACCUCUUUCCACGUAAAGAGACCAGCUCCACGGCCCCUGGCUCACCACAAGGAGG